CAGAGUGAAGGGGUGUCCACAAUCCUAGUAUAUGCCUAAGUAUGUUUUGAGCGCAACCCCAGUGAGCAAAAAACCACGCGUAAAAUAUUACACGAGAUCCUUGCAUGCUAGGAAAAGGAAUAACGAUCUAGAAAAUAGUAGGCACGCACAUAAAUAGACGGUGUGAUAUGAGUAGAAGCAGCGAGUGUAAAGCGGACCAAUGCAGCAGCAGCGUUGACCGACUUAAUUAAACAAUUUCCGACUUCGAUGCUCCUUCUUCUUCUCCUGUCUUCCAUUGUCUGAGUCAAGACUCAGUCAGGCGUUUGAUGCUGCACGCUGCCGUAAAAUUGAUAAAUAGUUGGCUGGAAUACCAUAACUUCAUAUGCCACGAAAGGCAUGUUCCCUUGCCCUUGCAUGAUCGUCGGAGUCUUGGGAUUUCGCGUGUCUGCUCUCUACCUACUAGUAGGUAACCAUGCUAUCGCACUGGCGCCUUUGGCCUUUUUUAUUGGCGCUAUUUAUGGGCGUUCUUGAAUCGAAACGACACCCUCAGCGUUGCUCAUUUCCGGUUUUAAUUGAUGCGACCUCCAUCGAGCUUCAAGAUGGUCUGCGUCGGGGAUGCUUCAAGAGUGUCGACCUUGUAAAGGCAUAUAUAGCACGCAUCACUGAAGUCAACUCAGCACUCAACGCUGUCCUAGAGAUUAACAAAGAUGCCUUGGAGAUUGCAGAACAGCUCGACCAGGAACGCAAACAAGGCCGGAUCCGCGGUCCGCUGCAUGGACUUCCGAUCCUUAUCAAAGACCUGAUAGGUACAUCUGAUGGCAUGGAGACAGCAGCUGGCUCGUAUGCACUUGUUGGGGCAAAGGUUCGAGAGGAUGCAACAGUUGUCACGAAACUCAGGGAGAACGGGGCAAUCAUCCUUGGUAAGACGAGUUUGUCGGAGUGGGCGAAUUUUCGGUCUCUGAAUUCUUCCAACGGGUGGAAUGCGAGGGGAGGCCAAACGUACGGCGCCUAUUAUCUUAAUCAGGAUCCGAGUGGCAGUUCAAGUGGCAGCGGCGUGGCUACGGACCUAGGGCUUGCCGCAGCGGCUCUUGGGACGGAAACUAGCGGAAGCAUUAUCUUACCAGGAGAGAAGAGCAACAUUGUUGGUAUUAAACCAACAGUCGGUCUUACGUCGAGAUACAUGGUUAUUCCGAUUAGUGAGCGGCAGGAUACCAUUGGUCCUAUGGCGAGGACAGUCAAAGAUGCGGCAAUGCUCUUACAAGUUAUUGCAGGCGUGGAUGUGAAAGACAACUAUACGCUGGCAUCGCCAUUUGGGAAGAGCCCCCCGGAUUAUGCUGCGGCCUGCACUCUGUCGGGGUUAAAAGGAAAACGGAUUGGAGUCCCUCGCAAUGUUAUCAACACCUUGGGCAACCCGCGCACACCGACUAUAUCGACGUUCGAAAGGGCGAUUUCGCUGAUCGCAGGUGCAGGCGCCACGAUUGUCGAAGAUGCCAAUUUCACCGCAUACAAUGCUUUUCUGCAGAGUCAAGCUCCAAGCAUCGUAGUAGCCGCUGACUUUUUAAGCAGCCUUCCCAGGUACCUUUCGGCACUAUCUAGUAACCUGAACAAUCUGUACAGGCUAGAGGAUAUCCGACACUUUACCAUGCAUAGCUCUCUGGAGGAUUACCCAUCGCGAGACACGGGGCUAUGGGACCUCGUACUUCUUGCCAGAGUUAACAACACCUCUCCAGAAUUCUGGUCCCUGUACCAACAAGCUCUUCGUUUCGGCGAGGAGGGAGGUUUGUUGGGCGCUCUGUCGCGCAACAAACUCGAUGCGGUUAUUCUUCCUUCAUACCUGGCUUCAAGCAUUCCAGGUAUCAUUGGGUCUCCUAUCAUCACCGUUCCUUUUGGUGCAUUCCCUAAGGCAACAGCAGUUCGAUAUAACUCGCGUGCGAACCUGGUUCAGGAAGCACCUGGCAUACCUCUUGGGAUCAGCUUCCUCGGCGCCAAAUGGAGUGAAGAAACAUUGAUCGCCAUGGCGUACGCAUUUGAACAACGUACAUUGGCACGCAAGACUCUCCAUAGAUACAUUGAGCCGAGCACAGAAAUCCGGGACGUGCUCUAGGGUGUUUUUUUCACCGAGGCAGGC